GGUUAGCCAGAAUUCAAGUUGACAGCUGAAAAUAUCUACGAGUAUAUGGGUUUCAUAUAGCAAGCUUUUAAAGUUCAAAUUCCGAAAAAUAAUAGUCAUUUCGAAUAACUAUCACAAAUUUCGAACGCAACACAAAACCAAUACCGCGCUUACCUAAAAAAAGAAAGCAAACAAUUUCAAAUUUGUUAUUUAAUUUUAUUAACAACGAAGAAAACAACAGCCACAAGAUGAAUAUGAAUUUUCAGUUUAAGAAGGAUCACACAUUCGAAAAGCGACGUGCAGAGGGAGAUAAGAUACGUCGAAAGUUUCCAGACCGUGUGCCUGUCAUUGUAGAACAAGCCGAGAAGUCACGUUAUGUUGCGCUGGACAAGAAGAAGUAUCUGGUGCCCAAUGAUCUGACAGUCGGUCAAUUUUAUUUUCUUAUACGUAAACGUAUUAAUCUUCGGCCAGACGAUGCCCUAUUUUUCUUCGUGAACAGUGUGAUACCACCAACAUCGGCCACCAUGGGUCUGCUGUACCAUGAGCAUCGCGAUAAGGACUACUUUCUUUAUUUGGCCUAUUCCGAUGAGAAUGUCUAUGGCCACGAACAGCAGGAGAUGUAAUUGUCAAACAGUUUCUUUUUUGCAGUUCGCAGUUUGUUAAUAAAAUAGUUCAAGAUUAAUCUUACAAUACAGUUACAGGGUAUUCAAAAUGCAAUAAAGCAAUAUUAA